ACGGGGCUCGCGAGUAAUCCCACUACUGUUACGGCCGCUAUAUAGGAGCGCACGCGAGCCUUCGCUGGUCAGGAGGACGCACGAGAGCGAAGCGGCUGGAGCAGAGGUGGAAAAGUGAGCGCGCGGAGAGUUUUUUUUUUACGGCAACGGUGUUUUGACGCACGCACAGCACGGCACGGCACGCGCUAUGGACUACUGCUGAAAGCGCAAGGGGAAGAAAAGCAGUGCGCGCGCCCACAGCUGUUUGCUCGUGCCUCAAUCAAACCCCCUUUAACUCAUUUGGGUUGGGUUUUUUUAAGUGCGUGUGUGUGUGUGCGCGUAAAGUUCUCGGCGGUUUAUAUUCGCGAGAUAAUAUCAAGCGCUAAGUGAUUUUUUUUUCCCCAAUCAGGACAUCAUGAAGUUUCUGCUCCUGCCCGUCCUGAUGGCUCUUCUCGCCGUCGCCCAAGUUUUUUGCGAGGGGAACGAGCCGAGGGAAGAGGCGGACUACUGGACGAGCGCCAACCAAAUCCAGGACGGCUGGCUUUCCAAUGAUCCAUUCAGAGAAAUCCUCCUGAGGAUGACGAGAAAGCCGCGGCCGCACCAGUUCAUCGGCCUGAUGGGGAAACGCUCCACGGGACAUAAAGUCAACUCUUUUGUCGGACUGAUGGGGAAAAGGAGCCAAGAGGAGCCAGAGUCCUACGACUGGAGCACAAUACAGACGUACGAGAAGCGCCGCUAGACAAGUCAGCCCUCCUCCUGCCCGCUUCUCACCUAGCCAUUCCUCGUCUAUAGGAGGGGGGGUCUCCGACGCUGGUUUUAAUUUCCUCCAAACUGUGUGUAGCUGUUAGUUGAAUAAAUUGAUUCUGUUUCCACACUGUAGUGAUGUAGCAGUGCUCUGCCUGUGCCAGUCUCAUUUGUCCCAGCAGAAGGUGGAUCAGGGCUAGACAAUGGGGAAAUGGUGUCGUUAUCACUGUAAGUGUUUCUUGUGAGUGUUCUCCACCAUCUGCCACGCUACAAAGACUUAAAUGUUGUGGACCAUCAAAGCAAGGCUAUGCCCCGGGGUAUGCUGAAGAUUGCACUGCCAAAGUCACUGUUUAGUGCCUCAUAACUGUUUUAAUUGCAGCUGAUUUGUUCUAUAAAUAACGCACCAGGACCUGGUUCUCAUUUUGACUUUCACAUGACUUUAGUAGAGCUGUCGUGUUCUCCACCGGUUGUGUUAUGACGGAAUACCUGUGUGUCAUAGUGGUUUAUCACAUAUUAAAAUUAUUUUCUUUACUUGGUUCAA